AUGAUGAACAGCUGGUGCUCGUCGAUUGUGUGUGUUAUGGUGAUAUAUUUUGUGGUCAAGAUUAUGGUUAUAAGGCUGUGGUGGAGACCAAGAAAGAUAGAACAACAUUUUAGUAAACAAGGAAUAAGAGGUCCCCCAUAUCACUUCUUCAUAGGCAAUGCAAAGGAAAUUGGAAGCCUUAUGUUCGAGGCCUCUUCCAUGUCUUUCCCUCCUUUCUCUCACAAUAUUCUCCCAAGAGUUCUCUCUUUCUACCACCACUGGAAGAAAAUAUACGGACCAACAUUCCUGGUGUGGUUUGGUUCGACAGUUCGGCUGACAGUAGCUGAUCCAGAAUUUAUUAGAGAAAUAUUCUGCUCAAAGUCGGAACUUUAUGAAAAAAUAGAGGCUCACCCUCUUAUGAAACAGGUUGAAGGUGAAGGCUUGCUAAGCCUCAAUGGCGAUAAAUGGGCUCACCACAGAAAAAUCAUCGCGCCCACUUUCUAUAUGGAUAAUCUCAAGCUCCUGAUACCGGCAGUGUCAAGUAGUGUGAUGGAAAUGUUGGAUAAUUGGCUACCAGCAUCGUCCAAGUCUGCUGAGGUGGAAAUAGAAGUAUCAAAGCAGUAUCAGACAUUGAACGAAAAGAUAGUCACCAGAAGCAUAUUUGGCUCGAGUCAUAAAGAGGGCACAGCCAUUUUUAAACUACAAGCUCAGCAGACAGCAUUAGCAUCCCAAGCUUUUCAAAAAGUGUUCAUUCCUGGCUACAGAUUUCUACCGACAAGGAGAAACUUGAAGUCUUGGAAAUUGGAGAAAGAAAUCAAGAAGUCUCUAGUGGAAGUUAUUGAAUCAAGGAGAGUGAAUUGGGAGGAUGAAAUGCUAAAAAAUGGCCCCAAGGAUUUGCUAGGCCUCAUGAUUCAGGCCAGCAUCAAAGAGGAGAAGGAAUCCUAUGACAGUCCUAUAACAGUCCAUGAUAUUGUGGAGGAGUGCAAGAGCUUUUUCUUUGCUGGCGAGCAAACCACCUCCAAUUUGCUGACGUGGACCACUGUUCUGCUAGCAAUGCACCCCCAGUGGCAGGUGAUGGCACGUGACGAGGUCCUCGAGGUGUGCGGAUCACAUGAUCCCCCCACCAAAGAUAAUGUGUCAAAGCUUAAAAUGCUCAACAUGAUUCUGAAUGAGACUUUACGACUUUACCCUCCAGUGGUGGCAACCAUCCGACGACCCAAAGUUGACUUGGAGCUCGGAAGCUGUAAGGUCCCACAUGGGACAGAACUAUUGAUACCGAUCUUAGCAGUUCAUCAUGAUCAAGCAAUAUGGGGUAACGAUGCAAAUGAGUUCAACCCUGGUCGAUUUUUGGAUGGGGUAUCCCGAGCCGCUAAUCACCCUGUUGCAUUCAUGCCAUUUAGCAUUGGGGUCAGAACAUGUAUCGGUCAAAACCUAGCAAUCCUACAAGCUAAGCUGACCCUCGCAAUAAUCCUACAAAAAUUCACAUUUAGGUUGUCCCCACAAUAUAAACACGCACCAACGGUGUUGAUGUUGCUAUAUCCUCAAUACGGGGCACCGAUCAUCUUCCAACGUUUGUCACAGUCCGGGAUUACUCAUUAUCAGUAAUCAUAAAAAUCUUGAUACCUACUUGUGCAUCUAUGCUAUGCUUUCUUUUGAUGUAAAUUGUAUAAUUGUAUAUAUGAAUUGCAAUUUAGGGGAGAAAUAGUACUACAUAUUUUCUUUACAAGCCAAAAGCCAGGUAUAUAUUGAAGUUAGGAUUCAACU